AUGUGCUGGAGCAGCAACAAGCGCUCAGUCUCCACAUGCAGCUACAGGACACGCGCUUCUGCUCCCAGUGAUCCGAGCAGGAGACAAGAGGACACUGUCCAGGUUGCUCAGUAUCUGAACUUGGAACUUCCUAUCCUUGAGCAUGUUUUACUCAAGUUGCGAGAGGAAGAGAGCAGAGAGAUACAACACGUGAUCAGCAGAGGACAACUCGGCACACCCAGAUGCUCCAGCGUCUUCAUCAGGGGGCUGCAUGUCCUGCUCCUCCAUCACGUCUCCAUUGUCCAGGCAGAUAUUGUGCAGGAUGGCACAGCAGGCAACAACCUCUGCCGAGAAGGUUGGACUGACCUCAAGGGCCUUAAAAAAGAUAGUCCGCCAACGGCUUUUCAUCAUGCCAAAUGCCCUUUCUAUGAUGCUCCGUGCCCGGGAGUGCCUGUGAUUGAACCGAGCCUGUACGGGGUUCUGCACAGGCUCUCGGUAGGGUGUGAUCAGACAGAUGGGGGAAGCCAGGCAGGGGUAACCUCCAUCUCCCAAUAUGCACUUCCCCUCUGGUGGAUACAGCUGCCUGACAUAUACAGGGCUGUUUUUAAGCACCCGAGCAUCGUGGACAGACCCUGGGAAACCCACAAAUAUGUCCAGGAAGCGCCCCUGAUGGUUGCAGAUGGCCUGCAGCUGUACGGAGUGGAAGAGCUUCCUGUUCAGGUAACACUGGUUGUUACCAGCAGGAGGCUUUACCCUGAUGUGGCAGCCAUCAAUUGCCCCCACAGCCACACUGAACAUGUCGGAUCCAGCCAAGUGACUGAAUCCAGAGCUGACUUCCUCCAGCUGGUGGUCACCUCUGGGGAAGUGGAUUACUCUGCCCAGAAUGCUCAGGACAGCUUUGCUCAACCUGUGAACGAUGUCAUGGACGGUGGAUCUGGGGAUGUCAAAGGCCGUUGACACAACCCUGUAAGAGGCAGCAUGAGCCAGCCAAUAUAAAAAUACAAGGACCUCAAUGUCCUUGGCCCAACCAUGGGCUGACUCCAGCUCCAGGGCAGCAACCAAGGCAGUGAUGGAGGCCUUGAGAGUCUGAGGUUGGGGCGCAGGUCAACCAGAUCAUCCAAAUACUGCCUGAUGAUGGGCACUGUGGUGUUCAGCUGGCAGUACACCAUUGGAUUCAUGUUCUGAAAUA